AAGGACAAGGAACGAGAGUUGCACGACCGACACGGUCAUGCUCAUGUACAUACUCAUGGACAUUCGAAUCAUACGCAUACGAGGAGAAGAAGAUCGAAACCUGGAGAUGUGGAAGAUUCUAAAGAACCUUUAGCUGGAGGUAGUAUGGACGUUCAUAUUCGAGUUCACACCGCCGACCGAUUCUGGCGUGAAAUCGAAGCGAUUUUAGUCGUGCCCGAUCCCCCCACCCUGAUCCAGCUAGACAACACUUUAAGAAUGUUUGUCACCUUCUGUGCGGCUUAUCAUGCCAAGUACCUCCCCACGACCCAGGACAUGCAGAAUGCUAUGUCUUUGCUGCUCGACUCGGAGUUGUUCACUUAUCACUACGAACGAAUGGUGGGGAUCAUGAUGGCGGAUGCUCAGGAAAAUACCAACCCUCACGAUCUGUAUAUCAUCUACCAUCUCAUCCUUUACUACGGCCAACGACAUCCAAGUUUAUUCAAGUCACAUCGCAAAUGGCGCAAGUUACUUCCAACUCUUGGAGAGGUUGUAGGACUGGAUCAUGAUGAGGCGAGUAACUUAUCCACAUAUCACUCUCAUACCUACGUGCUUGGACUGCCACCUAUCGAAUCACGCCUUCGUCUGCCGGCCACAAACCUCAUGUACGAAGUCUGUCGUGUGCAAAAGCUCGAUGCUCAGGAACUGGCUCAGUUUGACGAUACCUUCAUUGAUCAUCUUUUUGAUCUGGUGGAGGUGACUCGGGACCAGCAGGACGAGCGGCUGAACUAUGCAGUCAUCAAGCUCUUGAUCGCCCUCAAUGAACAAUUCAUGGUUGCCACCCUGCCCCCGAAGCCUCACAAGGCAACCUUGUCUGCUCCUCUCGUAUCCACGGCCACACUGCCUGAACCCGAAGACUAUUCUCGGCCCACUCAAUCCACGUCGGAGGAAGCGCCCACCUCGGGCCUGCUGGACACCGGUGCACAAGUGAGACAUCACCAUCGUGCUCAUUCAGCGGAACCGGGACCUUACACCCAUGAUCACUCGGAAGAGGCGAAGAAGGGGAACAGAGUGUUGGUGGUCUUGAUGAGAAGGUUGGGUAGUAGUAAGACGUUUGGGGAGAAUAUCAUUUUCAUUCUAAAUCGUGCAGAAAAUACCCCCGAGGGUCUAUCGAUGCAGCUAUUGAUCCUCAAAAUCUUGUAUCUCCUUUUCACUACUCCUGGGACCCAAGAGUACUUUUAUACGAACGAUCUGAGAGUCUUACUAGACGUGUUCAUUCGCGAGCUGGUGGAUUUGCCAGCAGAAUGCGAGGCUCUUCGACAUACAUACCUCCGAGUACUUUACCCCCUUCUCAACCAUACGCAACUUAGGAACGAUCCAUACAAGCGUGCUCAAAUCAAGCUCGUGUUGAAAAGCCUGAUAUCCAACGGCCAUAUACAAGAAGUGGGCAGUACGACUCUGCGCUUAGUCGAACGAUGUCUGGAAGAACCUAAACAUCUGGAGAGGAGUAUCAGUGCCAAAGAUCUUCGACAAGAUUCUACUUCUUCAACUUUCUCGUUGGAUUCCGUUACCGCUGCAUUACCCCAUCCACUCCCUUCCAAACCUUCCCUUCUCAACACUUCCGUCUACACUUCUCGUGAUCCCGUAAGACAAUCUUCUCUCGUAGACGUAUCGGAAUCAUUAGCCAACGGUCAAAGACCGAAUUCUGCUUUAUCUUCCCGUUCAGAUGUCUUGUCCGAUGCUACUUCUCCACCGAGAAGACGUAAACCUCCUGCUCCUCCACGAAAGAAAUUCUCAGUGGCAAGUAGCACCAGUACCGAUGGGGAAAGUCGGAUGGGAACGCCUAUGAUGUCACAUGGAAUGUUGACAAGUGAUCAAACGGGUGAAACGGAUAAGAGUGAAGGGGAAAAUGGGAGAGUGUAUGGGACUGUACCGAUUAUUCAAGUUCAUCCGGCUCAACCUUCUUGUCCAAUACCGGGUUGGAUCACAUUUGGGUGAGAGAGAUUGUUGUAUUUAUCGUUUGGUUUGGAUGCAUGCUUGAAGAGUG